CAUUAUUGUUUUUAUUGUUGUUAAAAGGAAUGGAAUCGUUCCUUCACGUUUUGUAAGUUUUGUGUAAUUUGUGGUGUUGUAAUUGAUCGGUAAGAACUGAAAAAUUUUAUUAUUCGUGCUUGAUACCACUCUUUGACAAUGGGGCAUAAACAUAAGAAGGAGGCAAAAAAAAAGAAGAAGCGCUCAGAAUCGCCAGAAUGUGUCGAUGUCGAAAGAGAAAGACGCCACCACAGGAAGCAUCAUAAAGAACGGCACAAGGAGAAACACUUGAAAAGGAAGAAGGAAGAAGAAAUCAUCAUUAGCGAUGAUGAUGACCUCGUUGAAGUUCCCCCACCUCCAAAAAUCUCUCGUCACUCUCCAGGACCCCCACCUCCGAAAAUCUCUCGCCGCUCUCCAGGGACUCCAUCGCCUCCUCCAAUUGGAAGAACUCUGUCACCUCCGCCUCCGCCAACAAUCAAAUCCUCUUCGGACAGCAGCUUGUCAAUUGAAGAAACUAACAGGAUUCGUGCAAAGUUAGGUUUGGCGCCUCUAGAAGUUCCUUCAAAUGAUGUCAAGAAAGAUGAAGACAGGAAACCGAAGAUUGUCAUGGGCGGAACAGAUAUGGGCGACUUCGUUCACAAACCUGCAGAGAAUAUUUUCGAAAAAGCGCAGACUGAAAAAAUCAAAGCAAAAAUUGCAGAGCGUAAAGCGAAGCGUGAAAUGGAUGCUAAGCUUUCAAAAGUGAAAGGGCUAGCCGACAGUGACUCAGAGGAUGAUGUUUCUUCUUGGGUGGAAAGAAGCAGGAAGCUAGCCAUCGAGAAAGAGAAAGCUGAAAGAAAGGCUAAAGAACUAGAUGAUAUGGAUGCAGCGUUUGGUAUCGGUGAUCUUGUAAAUGAUGAUCUUAGAAUAACACGAAAAGAGGCUUAUACGGCAAAGAAUUUGCAAGGUCUACGUGUCGAACAUGAUGUGAAUACUUUUGCUGAAGGUAAAAAUGUCAUACUUACUCUCAAAGAUAAAGCUGUACUGGAUGAGGAUGAUGAUGCCCUAGUCAAUGUUAACUUAGUCGAUGAAGAGAGAUACCAGAAGAAUAUAUUUAACAAAAAACAGAAACCCCAUCAGUUUGGCUACAACGCUUAUGAUGAUGGAGAGGAAGACGUUGAGAUGUCUGAAAAUCAGGUUCUCUCAAAAUAUGAUGAGGAAAUUGGUGGAGAGAAAAAGAAAAGUUUUGUUAUUGGUGAUGAAACUAAACUUGAGCGCAAGAAGAUGCAAGUAAAGGAAAAACUGAUGGCUGGCAAAAGACUAGAAAGCCUCGGAACCUUAUCAUUAAAUUUAGCUUCUGAUUAUUAUACUGAACAAGAAAUGAAAGUGAAGUUUAAAAAGCCCAAGAAGAAGAUUAAAAAAAGCAUGAGGAAGAUGCUAAAAGCUGAUGAUUUAUUGCCGCUUGAAAGCAGCAGUCAAUCGGAAGCUCAAGAUAAUUGGCUCCAAGAUUCGGGUUCCAGGAGGAGGCCACAUGUAGAUUUGAAACCGGAUCCUGAAGCUGGCUCUUACAGCGGUAGUAGGAAUAUUCGCAUCAAAGACGAACCUAUGGAUAUGGAGUUAGACACAGAUGAUCUUCCUCCGGUGCCAGAUGAUUUGUCUGGUGUAGUUUUAGACGAACCUGAUGAUUUUGAAUUGGAGCUAGCGCUGAAGAAAGCAAGAAAAUUGAAACAAAUGGAAAAUACAGAAGUAAAACCAGAAGAAAAAGUAAUCAAAAUAGCGGAAAGAUUAGAUCACAAAAUGGCUUACGAAGAGUCUGGCCCAGGUGGUUCAAUCGUUCUGAAUGCUACGGCUGAGUUUUGUCGGACGUUGGGUGACAUUCCUACGUAUGGCCAAGCUGGUAAUCGUGAAGAAGAUGAGCAGCAGAUUCUGGAGCUUGAACAGGAAUUGAAGGAGGAAAAACUUCGCAUGCAGGAAGAGCGCAACAUGCGUGGCGGGUGGAAUGAAGUUGAUAUGAAUAACGAGUCAACUACUGUGACAGCCCCAAUUGAGGCACCAAUCCUCGAUGCAGAGCCUGAUCUCGGAACUGGCAUUGCUGGAGCCUUAAAAUUAGCUCUCAGUAAAGGUUAUCUGGAAAAAGAAGUGUCAAAGCGACCGUCAGCAUCCCGCUUCUCUCAUCUGCAAGCACAGAAUUAUUCGAUUGAGGACAAAGCACAUGUAGAAGAUGAUAAAUUCAGUCGCAGAGAGCGCUUCAAUGGGCCAACCACUGAUUUCCGAGAGAAAGAUGGUUACAAGCCCAAUAUAAAAUUGGAUUACAUUGAUGAUGAUGGACACAAACUUAGUCAAAAAGAGGCAUUCCGUUACUUAUCCCACAAGUUCCAUGGAAAAGGACCCAGUAAAAAUAAGGUAGAAAAACGAAUGAAAAAAGUAGAGCAGGACUCUUUGAUGAAACAGAUGUCAUCCACUGAUACACCGCUUGGCACAUUGAAUAUGCUACAGGCCAAGCAAAAAGAGACUCAAUCACCAUUUGUCGUUCUCUCAGGGAAUAAACAAAUUCAAUCGAUAUCAAAAGCGAAAUUUUAAAUGGCACUAAUUAAUUUGUCUUUUGGUACCUCUUAUGAAAAGGUGAAAAUGUUCUCCAUUCAAACCAGCUAAGAAACUGCUAUUCAUAUUUUUCAAAAUGUUUACCUCUCGUCAGAUUAUAUGAAUUUUAUACAAAUUGUUAUUACUGGGAAUAAUUGUUAGUUCAAUUGUGCAAGGUGAAGGCUCAACAAAGCUCCUCUAGAAUGAUGUUUUUGUUUUUAGAAAUUCAAAACAUAUUCCUCAGAAAAGUUUUCAUUUGAUUAUUUUUAAUUGUCAGAAAAUGGGAUCAAAAAUUUGUUUUGAAAGUUUGAUACCUCUUGUUGAGAAUCAAUACAUUGACUGCCAAACACAAACAUAGAGAUCUCUGUUGAAGCUACAAUAAUUAUGAGGUUCUUGCAUUUUUAUGACCUAUGAAACUGCAAAAAAGGGUUCAGUUUUGUCACUGGUGCUGAGUGCUUUUGUUCAGGCACUGCAGUCUUGCACUGCAUUACAAGAACACUGAACAUGAGGUUGGUCUCUGAAUCUCUGAAUGACCGAUCACAGAAAGUGCUGAAUAGAAAUUGGCAUGACUUCCUCAAAACCAUACAAUGUCAGUUUUGGACAGUCAAUGAGAUAACCAUUUGUAAAGCUAAACUGAGUCUUGAAUCAUGAGUGAAUGUGAACCUUUAACAUUGGAGGAGAGCCUCCUAAUAUACAGGGUGAUCUCAAAGUUCUGCACCACCCCUAUAACCCCUACAGUUCUUCCCUUUUUCCAGGGUGGUUCCCUGCAAAUUUUGGGGACCCCCAAAGUCGUUUCUUUUGAUCUGGGAGCACUCACAAAAUUUCAAGUCUCUUCCUAAAUUUGAACACCAGUUAGAGGGGUGAUUCUUGGUGCUUGUGGUGUGUGACUAUAGGAUCACCCUGUAUGAUGUGACUAUUGAGAGACAUUAAUAUUUUUAAAAAUGCUGUUUGGAGUACUCACCUCUGAUUGAUUUUAGCUCCAUAAGUAAUUGAAUAUCCUGCUUGCAAAGCUUGUAAAAAAAGGCAUUUUGUGAAUAAUUUUUCCAGUGUUAUUAAUGAGUUUGUAGAUUUAGCACCAUAAAUUUUAUUUAAACUGUAUCAAGAACCUAUGAGCCCCACCCUGAAGUGUAUUUUUUCUUCUAGUGUCGCUGUCAAAUUUCCUUUUUACCCCCAAAAGCACAGACAACUUUAUAUAUAUUUCUGUGAAUCGACAGCAAAACUCCCAAACUCGUUUAUCUUGGUUUGCAACGUUGCAGACUUCCUGCCAUAGUUUAUUUUUCAAAUGAAGAACCACUCAACGUGAUUUUUCUGCUCUGUUCAAAGCCAAUUCUGAGAAAACCUCAAGGUACGAUGUUGACUUCUUGUUUUCUUUCAAAAAAAUAAAUCAGAAGUGGAAAUUUUUAAACACUGCAAACGAGGUACAUGGUUUGGGAGUCUCACCAUCGAAGUGUAACUUAAGAUCUAAGUUGCUAGGUGAAAAAUUGAAUAGUGAUGCAAACAAAAUUUGAUUUUCAAAACAAAAAGUGCUCUAUUUUGUUGACAGACAAAUGAAAAAUUGUCUAUCUUUGUACAGUUACAACAAAUCUGUGAAAUAAUUACUUUUGAGCUCCAUCCGUCACUUUAGUUGCCCUGUGAUUCAGAUUUAGGUUAAUUAUUGCUGUAAAUAAUUUUAAUUUUUUUUUUCAUCCUUGUCUGUUGGUUUUUUCUCCAACUUUGUACAAUCGAAGAGGUUUGCUCCGGAACAGAAGAUAGAAAUUAAUGAAUGAGCAGUGUCAAAGCUCAACAAGAUUUAGGUUCAUGAUGGUGAGAAUGAUGUAAUAAAAACCCAUGCUUCUGUGAA